UAAAGCAAGACUAACACGUUUCUUUCUAACAUGAUAUAAGAACCAUGCUUAGUUGAAAAUUAAAACCUACAGAGUUUUGAAGUCGCUAAGGCACUGCUAUGUGAUGUCCCCAGAUAAUGUAUCACACGAUUCAAAAACCACAAACAAACAAAACACAUAAAAACACAUAUAAUGGCUCUUUGACCCUCUUGGGCUGAUGAGUAAAAAUCAAACCAUAAGGCCACAAAACAGAGGACAACAAAAACAAAAGAAACGUCAAGAAGAAGAAGAAAAAAGAAGAAGAUGAAGAACGGUCUGGUAAUCAUAAACUGCAUCAUCCUCACUAUAGGAACAUGUGGAGGUCCUUUGUUAACUCGUCUCUACUACAACAAUGGCGGAAAACGAAUCUGGUUCAUGAGCUUUCUCUCAACCGGAGGUUGUCCGAUCAUCCUCGUCCCUCUCUUUUUCUCCUUCCUCAGCCGCCGCCGCCGUCGCAGCAGCCGCAACCGCAACAACGAAGAAAACGCAGAGAAAACAAAGAUCAUCCUCAUGGAAACUCCUCUGUUCAUCGCAUCCAUCGUCAUAGGAUUGCUCACAGGACUUGACAACUACCUAUACGCAUACGGAUUAGCUUAUCUGCCAGUUUCAACUUCAUCUCUCAUAAUCGGAACUCAGUUAGCUUUCAAUGCUCUCUUCGCUUUCUUCAUGGUCAAGCAUAAGUUCACUCCUUUCUCUAUAAACGCCGUCGUUCUGCUGACGGUCGGCACCGGGAUCUUGGCCCUGCACAGCGAUGGAGACAAGCCGGCUAACGAGAGCCAUAGAGAGUAUGUGGUUGGAUUCCUAAUGACUGUGGUUGCAGCUGUUCUUUACGCUUUCAUAUUACCGCUCGUUGAGCUCACUUACAAGAAAGCUCGACAAGAAAUCACUUUCCCACUUGUGCUCGAGAUGCAGCUGGUCAUGUGCCUCGCUGCUUCUUGCUUCUGUGUCGUUGGGAUGCUCAUCGAUGGCGAUUUCAAGGUGAUACCAAGAGAAGCAAGAGAAUUCAAGAUCGGAGGAUCUGUGUUUUACUACACGUUGAUUGUGCUUAUAGGGAUAAUAUGGCAAGGAUUCUUCUUAGGAGCCAUAGCGAUUGUGUUCUGUGCAUCGUCUCUAGCUUCUGCUGUUCUCAUCAGUGUUCUUCUUCCGGUGACGGAAGUAUUGGCUGUAGUAUGUUUCCGGGAGAAGUUUCAGGCGGAGAAAGCUAUUUCUCUCUUUCUCUCUCUCUGGGGGUUCGUCUCUUACUUCUACGGCGAGUUCAAAUCCGGCAAAAAUGUUCUCGAUAAAUCUCAGCCGCCGGAGACAGAGCUUCAUGUUAUUCCAGUAGUUAGUACUUCUGUUGUUUAAAAGUCGACGUUUGCGUUUCUAUAACAGAGACAUACGGUUAUAUUUUGUCUUUUUUUCAUGUUAUGUUAUGUGCAUUUUUAUUUAUUGAAUUUGUUAUUGUUCGUGUGCAUGCAUUACUAAACUUAUCAAUAAUGGUCCGAGUUGAUACAACUCGUGUAACAUUCGAAAGCUAGAUGAAUCAAAACGGAUAAAUCCGAAGAAUAGAUGUCAAAAUCAAAUAGAGGUGCG